CCACCAUCUCCUCCUCGAAGACGGCCCUGGAGACGCACAAGCGCCCGAGGACGCGGAGCACAGGACCCAGGAACAAUCGCCAUGACUUGGCUUCGUGCGCUCUCCAAGUGGGGAUUUAUCCUCGUCUUGGCUUUGUCGCUGAUUCCUCUCGUGAAAAUACCCUCUUCAUCGUCGGACUUGGUAGGAGUGCGAGCUGCGGAUGCUUGCUCCGAACCUCCGCGCGACAACUGCUCCUUCUACCUCGACUGCCUUGAGUCGCGCUAUCACUGCGGCUCAGAGGGAUAUCCCGUGGGCUACGGCUACAAAUACUGCACUCAGUUCAGCUUGGAACGUCAAAAGCUCGGCGAGAAAGGGCAGACGUGGAUGGUCGACACCAUGCAAUGUCUUCAGCGUACGCUGGUCCCUGAAGCGACUGGCGUCUCGAACACGACCUGCGCUCAGCUGGAGGAUAAGGCCUUCGACUCACACUCGGUCUGCUACACGCAAGCCGGCCUCUGCACGCUCCCUCCUUCGGACUGGCUUGCCAUCGUCAGCAUAGUGCACCUGCCGACGCUCUUCCAAAGCUGGGACGCUUUCAAGGAGACACUGCAAGCCAGCGCUGACUGCCUCGAAUUCUACGCCUUCCUCAUCACUCACGGACUGUGAGUAUGCUCUGUACACCAUGGACAAUGGAUAACUAUCUCUCUGCCCGCUUGUACUUUUGUGGCGUUAUCAAUGCGUUCGCCGGUCUCGAGAGAUAGCCUUGCGAGGAGUUUAUCGCCUGCGUGAUAUGUGAUAAGGAUAGACGCGGUUAAUCCAUUGAAAUUAUAUACUCA